CAAAAAUCUUUUUUUUCAGUCAAUCACAAUUAAUAAUGGAAAGGGAUAACCUUAUCAGAUCCUACUUUAGUCUCGGUUUGCAUUAUUCUGAAAUCUUAUCACUUCUGCUAAUCCAGCACAAUAUCAUACUCAGUGAAAGACAACUAAAAAGAAUAUUAAGGAGACUCAAUUUAACAAGAAGGAAAAAUUUUUCCAGUUUUGAGGAGAUAUUCCUAUUUAUAGAAGAACUAUUAGAAGGAUCAGGGCGCUUCCAUGGAUAUAGAUGGAUUCACCUGAAAUGUUUACAAAGGGGACUCGUGGUGAAACAAGAGACUGUGAGAUUAUUAUUGAAAAUUCUUGAUCCCACUGGAGUAUCAACAAGAAGACGAAGACGCCUUAGACGACGUGAUUAUUUUAAUAAAGGUCCCAAUUAUUUGUGGCACAUGGAUGGGUAUGAUAAGCUAAAACCAUACGGAAUAGCCAUCAGUGGAUGCAUAGAUGGUUUCUCGCGUUAUAUAAUUUGGUUGCAAGCAAGUUAUACGAACAACAAUCCACGUAUUAUAUCAGGCUAUUACAUAUCAGCGGUUGAAUCAUGUGGCGGGUGCCCAAGAAGUGUACGAUCAGAUCUAGGUACAGAAAACAGACAUGUUGAACAGAUGCAAAUAUUCCUAAGAAAUAACUUGGAAAGUGACGAUUCAUUGCCUCCUUUCAUUUAUGGAUCUAGUACCCAUAAUCAACGCAUCGAAGCUUGGUGGGGAAUAUUAAGGAAACAUAACGCUCAGUUUUGGAUGGAUAUAUUUGAAGAUUUGAAAAAUGAAGGUAAAUUUAGUGGAACUAUACUUGAUAAAGCCUUGGUUCAAUAUUGCUUUCUGCAUUUGGUACAGGGACAACUUGAUCAAGUAGUACAAGAAUGGAAUUCCCAUAAAAUAUCGUCGAGAAAUCGGCGUUCACCUGUAGGGAAACCAAUUAUUAUGUAUUACACGCCCGAAAUGUAUUACGCUCGGGAUUAUAUCGUGAAGUCUCCAGAAGACGCAAUCUUGUCUUGUAGAGAAGAAAGCCUCUUUCCAUUGGUUCACUGUGAUCAGGAUGUGUAUGAACUUUGUCAGAUUUUAAGUGAAGAAAAUCAUUAUGAGAGACCUAGCACAGCAUAUGAGGCUACAGAUCUCUACAUACAAUUAAGGAAUGACAUUUUAAGUAUGUUAUAAACUUUAUUUGUCGAAAAUCCAUUUCCUUAAAGUUUAGUACCCGCAACAGAUACGUUAACGUAUAUCUGUAUUAUUACUUACCUACUUUCUUUUCAUGAUUAAAAUUCAAAAUAUUUUGUAUAUACCAAUAAAAUAAAGAAUAUAAGUUUGUGUUUUUAGAACAAAAUUGCCUACUUGUUUACAAGACAAAAUUACUUUAUCAACUAGCAGUAAGAUGGUUAAUUUACAUUUACAUGUGGCGUAUGGGUCUACUGUGCAAAUCUCAAACCGAACCAGUUUA